AUGAGCCCCUUCCAUCUUCUGUUUUUCUCCUAUAUCACUACUGAAUUACGCCUCCUAGUUGACAUCUUCAAAAGAAAACACAUUCAGGAUGUAAUUAUUUUCAAUUGCUGGCGCGAAGAAAUCGCUGUAGCUGCUCAGAAAAUUUUCACCAAUAAUAAAAUAAGAAGCAACAAUAUGGUUCUUAACAUUUCAAUACCUGUUCGUCGAUCCAGAGUUGGCAUUGUAGUAGAUAGUUCUUGUGAAGAUUGGAAAGAAAUUUUUGAUUGUGAAGAUUCGAGAAUAAAUUUCCAAAACCCUUACGUAUGGGUUUUUAUCACUAAAGAUAUCAAUUCUACAGUUAAAGAACUCUCUCAAUAUCCCAUUGAAAUAGAUUCUGACACUACUAUUGCUGAUAAAACUGAAAAUGGAUAUAAUUUAUAUGAAAUAUACAAUACAGGAUUUAAGAAAAAUGGCAUAUUUAAAACAGUCCAUAUAGGAGAUUGGCGAUCUUCUUUAAAUAUCGAACAUCCAAAAAGAAGGAACGAUCUUAGUGGAGUAGUGUUGAGUUGUGCGGUCGUUGUUCUAAAGAAAUUGGAAGAGGAAACCUUUGAACAUUAUCUGAUGCAAGCCACUCAUGUUGGAUUCGACUCUCUGCAUAAACUCAAAUAUAUUACACUACUGAAUUAUUUGAAAGAUAUGUACAAUAUGACUUAUGAUCUUCAAAGAACCAACUCGUGGGGCUAUAUUCGGAACGGCAGCUUCGAUGGCAUGGUGGGUUCUCUUCAGAGAGGACAAACGGACAUCGGCGGCUCUCCAAUUUUCUUCAGGGCUGACAGAAACGAGAUUAUUGACUACACAGCUGAGGUUUGGCAUUCGAGACAUAGCUUUAUCUUCCGCCAUCCAAAGCAUCCUAGUGGCCUCUAUACGAUAUACACGCGGCCGCUCAGCACCAUCGUGUGGUUCAGCGUCCUGGCUCUUCUUCUCUUCUCUACUGUCGUGCUGUGUGUUAUAUUCAAGCUGAGCUGGUCUCAGUCUUCAGACUCUUCUUUGAGUCUAGCUUUGCUGUUUUUGUGGGGAGCUCUUUGUCAGCAAGGAACAUCAUUAGUACAACAAUCAACUUCGAUGAAAAUUUUAAUUUUUUCAACGUUCGUGUAUUCCGCCAUCUUGUAUCAGUAUUAUACAGCAUCUGUGGUUUCCACUUUAUUGAUGGAGGCACCGAAAAACAUUAAAACUUUGAAGGAUUUGUUGGAAAGUAAUCUCAGAAUUGGAGUUGAAGAGGCUUUGUAUGACAGAGAUUAUUUUAAGCGAACCACAGACCUGGUUGCCCUCGAAAUCUACAAAAGGAAAGUCAAACAAGGCGCCUCAGAGAACUUCUUCCUCCCGGAGAAGGGCAUGGCCCUGGUGAAGAAGGGAGGGUUCGCGUUCCACGUUGACACCAUCGUCUCCUACGGGAUUGUGAAGAAGACCUUCAGCGAGCGCGAGGUCUGUGACAUCCAGGAUGUGCCGAUGUAUGCUCCUCAUCGCUUGGGCGCUGUGAUGAAGAAGCAUUCGCCUUAUAGAGACCAUUUGGCUUACGGCAUAAGGAAGAUAAUGGAAACUGGUCUAAUGUAUCGGAUUAAGUGGGCCUGGGACGAACCCCGCCCCUCCUGUGUGAAGACUCCUGACAGCAGCAUCUAUUCCGUCAGCAUCUUGGAGUUCUCCACGCCGCUGAUCAUCCUCGCAUUUGGGUUUUGGCUCUCUUUCGUGGUGUUGGUUUUGGAAAUUGUUUUGUGUUGCAUUACUCAACAGAGAAAUGUUCGUUCAUAA